AUGCCCGUCAUCUCGCGUCUCGUCUCCAUCGUCUUCCGCGUUGCGGAAAUCGUCUGCGCUGCGGUCGUCGCAGGAAUCAUCGGCCACUAUCUCGCUCAGUACAGCGGUCACGGCUGGCCUGAGGCCCGUUGGAUCUAUACCGAAGUUGUCGCCGGGUUAUCCCUCCUGCUGGGGCUGAUAUGGCUCAUCCCCUUUUCCUCAGGCUUCUUUUCCUGGGCGUUUGACCUCAUCAUCUCCCUUGCCUGGUUCGCCGCCUUUGGUAUUCUCGUGAAUGCCAUCCACCGGUUGAACUGCGGUAGCAUCUGGCACUGGGGUGGGCUCACCCACAACAACUCCUGCAGUCGGUGGAAGGCCGCGGAGGCGUUCAGCUUUAUCUCUGCCAUUGUCUGGCUGGCUUCCGCGCUGGUGGGAAUCUGGUUUACCUUCCGGGUCAAGAAGGACUCGGCUCCGCCCACAUAUGGUCGCCGUCGCUGGGGUCGUCGCUCUGCCGUUUAAGGAUGAUCUCUUGAUCGCGAAACAGCACGGCGUCAUAUACACCUUGCUCUGAAUUUUUGAUACUUGCCCUAAAUCUUUGAUAUUGGUGCAGGAUAUCUUACUCUAUCCGAUACUGCUUACGAUCUUGGAUGCUUCUGACGAUCUCACUACUAAUUUGUUGUUUCUUGAUGGCUGGCGGCAUACGGUCGUGGAAUGGAGAUGAUACCUGAGUUGCUCUGUUAUGCAUACUAAUAUUCGAUACCCGGUUGGCGCGUGGACGGUUCGGAGGAUGCUUGCUUGUGGGUCCUUGUCGCUCGUUUUACUUCAAUCAAUAAUCCCUAUCU